CGGCCAAGUUGGGAGGCAGGUGAAGUUAAACUAGGACCCGCAGGCUCUCUUCUUCUUUCUUGAUCAGCAUAUAUCCAGUCGACGGUGACACUCCGCCUUCGCUAUUUUCUGUGUCUUCGCCAUUUCUCCUCACGCGUGUCUUCCUGGAGAGGCAUUGACGAAUGAUCCCUCGCGAAAUCGUGGCUAGAAUUGAAUUCGGCCGCGUUAAUAGCGAAUGAAGCCAUCUCGCACUAGCCCUAUCGUGUAUCUCAAUUGCAGCGCGCCGUGUGGUGGUGCCGCUACGGGCCAUGUGGGGGGAUUACGUGGGUAGCGGCAAUUCUGCAACCCCGGCCGGGUCCGGCGCGGAAGAUUGUACGGCUGACAAAUCGAAGAAGCUGGCACGGAGAACCGCCUGGAAGGAGGCGUUUGUCGUAUCUCGUAGCCGGGCAAGCAGUAAAUGUGAGGAGUACGAUGAGAAGGUUGCUAUUCUGACUACCGCUCAGAGCGCCACCUCACUAAAGCUUUCGGUCGAUGAUGAUGGUGAUAAUGAAGAUAAAGAAGAAGAUGAGGAUGAGGACCGACCGGCGACAGGACGAGAGAAUGUCCCACCAGGUUUCAAUCAGGUCUCCUCUUGGGCGAUCACCGAUGACGCCAAGCCGCCUCUGCCUCCGCGCCCCGCACUCCUCUGCUCCACCAAGCCUAACCCGAAUGCCGCUAGCGUUCGCAGCCGCGAUUUCCGUUUGCGCUUCAUUUGUGCAGCGACGCGACAAGGCAUCACUCGUAUCCACAGCCCCAGGAAUCGCAUGCAUCCCGACUUUGAGCGGCUCUUCAUGCAGUACAGUGCCUGGGCCCAAGCUAUUGGAGCAGACGACGCCGUGAUCGGAGGUCGAGCUCGCCGUCGAUACCACGGGCCCAAGCAGCGUGGACAGAUGAUGAUCUUCUAUUCGAUGCAGAAAAAAGAACCUAUGGUCCACGGCGAAAACCUCUAUUUGAGACUGGGGGGGCCACCUAAGGUUGGCCGCUCAUCAGAGUUUGCCGGACCCACUCAUCAGAGUUCACCGGGACCGCUCAUCAGAAUUUGCCGGGCCCGCUCGUCAGAGUUCGCCGCCGCGUAA